CCAGUAAGGGUUGGUGUCGUGGUUACAGUCUUCAGGGAGUCUGUCCAACUUUGGGCCAACAUGCUGUCGAUUCCAGAUCUGAUCAAGAAGAAGAGAGAUGGAGGAGUGCUGACUGAUGAGCAGGUCACAACCUUCAUCCGGGCUGUUACAGACAAAACCAUCCAGGAUUGUCAGACAGGGGCGAUGCUGAUGGCUAUCUGGCAGAAGGGGAUGGUUGUCAAGGAGACCGAGACCCUGACCAGAGAGAUGAUGAAAUCGGGGGAAGUGAUGUCAUGGCCAAAGGAGUGGGCGGGGCUGAUGGUUGACAAACACUCGACAGGUGGAGUGGGAGAUAAAGUUAGCCUGGUGUUAGCACCUGCGCUAGCCGCCUGUGGCUGUAAGGUACCAAUGAUCAGUGGGCGGGGCUUGGCUCAUACUGGUGGAACUCUGGAUAAACUGGAGUCAAUACCAGGAUUCACCAUUCAGCAAUCAACAGAGCAGAUUCAGAAGAUUCUGGGCUCUGUGGGCUGUUGCAUUGUGGGACAGACGGAGAGGUUGGUUCCUGCAGAUCGAGUCCUGUACGCCCUGCGGGACGCCACCAGCACCGUGGACAGCUUACCCCUCAUUACCGGUUCUAUUAUCUCAAAGAAAGGUGCUGAGUCUCUGAAUGCUCUGGUGCUGGAUGUGAAGUUUGGUCGAGCAGCCCUGUAUAAAGAUCUGGACAGUGCUAAAGAACUGGCACAGUCAAUGGUGAACGUAGGAAACGGCCUGGGCAUGCGUACAGGUGCAGUCCUCAGCUGCAUGGAUGCUACGAUUGGUCGAUGUGUUGGCAACAGUCUGGAGGUGAUUGAAUCUCUGGAGACGCUGAAGGGAAAGGGACCUGAAGACCUGAUGGAGCUGGUUAUUACUCUGGGCAGUAUGCUGCUGAUGAUGACUGACUUGGUGCCAAACCUAUCAGAAGGCAGAAAGAAGAUUUCUGAUGCUGUGACUGGUGGAGCAGCUCUGUCCAAGUUCCAGGCCAUGAUGGAGGCUCAGGGUGUCACCAAGGACGUGGCUCAGUCGCUGUGCUCCCCCCACACAGAUUAUCACCGUGUCCUGAGAAAAGCUGCCCAUCAGACCGAGCUGAUCACUCCUGCAGAUGGUGUGGUCGUAGACGUGGACGGUUUGGUUUUAGCUGAAAUUCUUCACAAGCUGGGGGCGGGACGAUCAAUGGUCGGAGAACCUGUCAAUCACAGUGUGGGGGCGGAGCUGCUGGUGUCGCUAGGUCAGAAAGUCGAGAAAGGCGUCCCCUGGAUGCGGCUUCAUUAUGAGUAUCCAGCUCCGACUCCAGACCAGAUACAGCAACUGCAGAACGCUCUGAGUCUGGGAACAGACAAAAACAAACCAACACAACAAAAACAAACUCUGGUGAAAGAAGUUCUGCUGCCACAAAACAAAUAAAUGUAUUACUACAAAAUUACUAAUAAACAAAACAAGAAAUGGAGGCACCAGGAAGCAACAUUUAUAUCCUUUAUCCUUCCUAUGAGGUGGAUUUUCAACAAAAUGGCAACACAAAAGUUGUUCUUAUUAAAAUGCAAAAUAACAAGUGUCUCAGCACAUUUUAAAAGUUUGUAAUUCACAUCACAAAUGAAUAGAUUGUAACAUAAAAACAAAAUAUAAAAAAGAAGUAUUCAGAUAUAUAUAGUAAUACUGCAAUGUAGAAAAACUGUUAAGUCCUGCAAAUGUUAAGUCCAAAAUUUUAUGCAAAUAAAAGUACAAAAGUAUUCUAAAUAUUAAUAUAAAUUUUAAAUAUACUGAGCGUAAAAGAAGUGAUUACGCAUGAGUGGCUUAUUUCAGAAUAAUUAUCUUCAUGUGUUAUAAUUAUUGAUACAUUACAUGUUGCAGCUGGUAAGGACAGAACUUUAUAAACAGCUGUUAGGUUUAACCAAUAAUAAGGCAUCAUAAUGAAUACAUUUUUUAUAUGAGUUAUUAUUGAUCUGACAUAAAUCUGACAUUGAAACAUUGAUCUUAACAUAAAAAAAACAACAGCUGUAAAACAAAUGUAGUGCAGUAAAAAUUUGACUCUAAAAUGUGGAUUUCAUAGAGAGAUUUUUUAAAAGUCCAAAGGUUUAUUAUUUCCAUUUCUACAGUUUCCUUUACUUCUGACAUCCAGUUUCUACAUGAACUGAAGCAGGUUAUUUGUUUCAUCUCUGCAGUUAAAUGUCCUGUAAAGAUAUUUGUUAGACAUGUGACCUCAAAUGCAUAUAUGACUAAAAUAUCGCAUUUGGUUUAAUUUGAACUAUUUUCUUAUUAAAAAUUUUUUAUCAAUUGCCAGAUUGUUUUGAAUGAAUGAUUCAUGUUCUUUUCUCCUGUUCUCUAUCUUUGAUUCAAUUGAUAUUGUAUAUUAACCAUGUUUUCAA